GAGCGGAGGUGAGCGACGCGCGGACCUGCCGCUCAGGCAGUUACGGAGGUUGGUGGCUUCUGGCCACUCACGCUACGCCAGGGGCUGAGGAGUGCCAGCUGAGGUGAGCGCACGACUCGUGGAGGCCACCGGCCUGUCGCGUCGUGUCGCGACGAGGCUUCCCUUCCUAGGACUCGGGGUGACGCUGCGGUGCGGAGCGGGAAGCCACCGCCGACGUCUGUGGCGGAGGAGGGCAGUGUCCCACGGGCGCCCGGUCCCCACCGCGGCGGCUCCCAGCCUUGUGCAGCAGGCAGAGAGGUUGCACAGAGACUCCUCCUGGCUGAUGGAUAGACAGAGAUGUUCAUCACUCAACUCCUCCACAAAGAAGAGCUAAAGAUGCACAGUUAUGUUCAGAGGUGAGUCAUCAAUUGGACUCCUAUGAGAAUCUGAGACCUGGGACAACAGCAGAAGAAGGGAAACAGAAUCAUGGUGCCUGCCAGCCCACAGCCACAGGUGCAGAGGACAAGCUUCCCUGUAAGGGCAACAGGCCCAGCACACUGCCAGCGUGUGUGCUGGUAACUUUUGAUCCUGGAGGUUUUCAUAAUUUUCAUGUUUGCAGCUCACUGACAUCAAAAACCUAGAAUCUAGCUCACACACUCGUUUUGGUGUAGUAAAGUGACACGCAAGGAUCUGACAGUGAUGCCACUGAAGGCUGUAAAAUGAAAAUAAGCUCAAGUCAAGAGAGAGGGAAAAAAAACAAAGUGAAGCUGUUUCUUCUCCUGUGUACUCGUCAGACGGUCUUGAAAUUUAACUAAAAAUAUGACAGCUCUUUCUUCAAAGAACUGCUCUCUUCAAUACCAGUUCCAUCAGUCUCCGCAGCUCCUCGAGGCCUCCUGUCUGUUGUUCUUGAUCAUCCUGGGGAAAGUGUUAUUAAACAUCCUCAUCCUAAGAGUGAGAAGGGAAGACACCCGUUGGACUUUGAUGGAGUACUUCUGCUUUUCACUCGCACUUGUUGAUCUCCUGCUGUUGGUAAACAUUGCCAUCCUGACCUACUUCAGGGACUUUGUAGUUCUAGGUAUUAGGUUUACUAGAUACCACAUCUGUCUGCUCACACAAAUUAUUUCCUUCACUUAUGGCUUCUUGCAUUACCCAGUCUGCUCACUGGCUUGUAUAGACUACUGGUGUAAUCUGUCCAGAGCCACCAAGCAGUCAUCUAGGUGGCAAAAGUUACUUUAUUUCUUGACAGUCAUUUUAACUUGGAUCUCAGUCCUUGCUUACGUUUUGGUUGAUCCGGCCAUCUCAGUAAGCCUAAAGGCACACAGGGGUUAUGUGUACCAGUGCCCCUCCUAUGUCAGCACUCAGAGUCACUGGCUGUCACUGUCUAUGCUGAUGGUUUUAUUUGUGGCUUUUCUGAUUUCAUGGCAGGAAGUUGUUGCCUUGCUCCAGGCUAUGAGGAUAGUAUCCUAUAAGAGCAAGGCCGCCCUCUACUUUCCUUUCCCACCCCACUGCGGUUACGCUGUGAGCUGCAGAGAAGCACUCUUGCCCAGGCUCAUCGUGUGCUUUCUUGGGACCUGGUUUCCCUUUGUAGCACUUCAGGUCCUCAUCCUCUCCCUCAGAGUUCAGAUCCCGGCGUACAUAGAAAUGAACGUCCCCUGGCUGUACUUUGUCAACAGUUUCCUCAUCGCUGCAGUUUAUUGGUUUAACUGCCACAAGCUUGAUUUAAGAGACAGCUCGUUACCUGUGGAUCCUUUCAUCAACUGGAAAUGCUGCUUUGUGCCAGUCCAUAGACUUAAGCAAGUGGAGAGGCCCAUGUCCAUAGUCAUCUGUUAGCAUGCUGCUGUGCUGGGAGGAACCCCAGAAGCACCAAGAUCAGUCUUAGAAGGACAGAGGGGGCUCGGGACAGGAACUGAAGCUCGAGUCCCCCUUUCCAGCACAGCCUCUAUGGGGCAGAUACCAAGUAGUGCUAAGGAUGCAUUAGCACAGCAGAAUGUUUAUGCCUGCUCGACAGCAUUGUGGAAUAUUUGGUAUUAAUCCAAAAGCAAAGUAAACAUGUUAACAUGUGUCCAGCUUGAUGUUUCACUCCAAAAAAACCUACUGGGUGCAAAAUGUUAUAUAAAUUUGAGAUUCUAUUUGCCAACUUUAAGAUCUGAGCUUAAAUAUUUUAUAAACUUUAGAGCAAAAAUAAAAGACUUAACAGGA